AAUUAGAGGCUUUCUUAAUAUGCAUGAAACAAGCUGGAACACAACAUUAUUUGGCUUCAAGUGUUAUUUCCGCAGAUGUUAAAACUAUUGCUGAAUCUAAUUUGAAGAUACACAACUGGGGACCAUAGCAGACUGAGAUUCCACACUCCCCUGGGGGAACUAAUUGACCGUAUAACUGCUGAUAGUUUAUGUACAAACUGAUUUGUCACCACUGAAACAAACGAAAUAUGAUGAACGCGCUGGGUCUUGCUCUUCUUUGUUUACUCUUCUGGCCCGAGCCUGCAGACGCUCAGUUUCCCCGUGUGUGCUGCACAGUCAAGGGGAUCCUGUCCAAGCAGUGCUGCCCCGUUUUGGGAUCAGAUCCUGCCAAUGUGUGUGGCUCUCUGUCGGGGAGAGGAAGUUGCUCGGCUGUUCAAGUCGACAACAAACCCUGGGGAGGACCGUACAGACUGAGAAAUGUUGAUGAUAGAGAGAGGUGGCCGACGAAAUUCUUCAAUCAGACUUGCAGAUGUACUGGUAACUUUGCAGGUUAUGACUGUGGUCAGUGUAAAUUUGGCUGGACCGGACUAAACUGCGACCAGAGGAAAGUCCCCGUUGUACGGAAGAACAUCCACUCCCUGACCCCUGAAGAGCUCCAGGAGUUCCUCAAUGUGCUGGAACUGGCGAAGACCACCGACCACCCAGACUAUGUCAUUGCCACUCAGCACUGGCUGGGACUCCUUGGACCAAAUGGAAAUGAGCCCCAGAUCGCCAACAUCUCCAUCUACGACUUCUUUGUUUGGCAACAUUACUACUCUGUCCGAGACACUCUUCUUGGUCCUGGCCGUCCAUUCAAAGCCAUUGAUUUCUCACACAAAGGACCAGCAUUUAUCACCUGGCACAGGUAUCACAUCCUCAGCUUGGAAAGAGAGCUACAGAGACUGACCGGCAAUGAGAAUUUUGCGAUCCCUUACUGGAACUUUGCUACAGGGCAAAGUGAGUGUGAUGUGUGCACCGACUCUCUGCUGGGGGGGCGAAACCCAGAUAACCCGUCCCUCAUCAGUAACCAGUCCAGAUUCUCCAGAUGGGGGGUGGUAUGUAACAGUUUGGAUGACUACAAUCGCCUGGUGACUCUUUGCAAUGGCACCAGUGAGGGAUCCAUUCAGAGGGGGAUAAUGGAGAGAGGUAACAUGUCUCUGCCCACCAUGAACGACGUCAGAAGCUGUCUUGGAAUCAGAGACUUUGACAGCCCUCCGUACUUCACUAACUCCUCCUUUAGUUUUAGAAAUGCUCUUGAAGGGUACGAAAAACCAAAUGGGGAACUGGAUGAAUCAGUCAAUAACCUUCAUAACCUCGUCCACUCCUUGCUCAACGGAACCAGCGCUUUGUCUCACUCUGCGGCCAACGACCCCAUCUUUCUGGUGCUCCAUGCUUUCACUGAUGCCAUUUUUGACAAGUGGAUGAGAAAAUUUGGCCCAUCCAACGCCACCUUCCCAGAUGAGAUGGCCCCGAUCGGUCACAACAGGGAUUACAACAUGGUUCCCUUCUUCCCUCCGAUCACUAACGAGGAGAUCUAUGUUCCAUCUGAGCAGCUGGGAUAUUCCUAUGCUGUUGCCCUGGAUGAUGCAGAUGGAGGGCCGGCUGUGUUUGUGCUGGGCUCCACUCUGGGAGGAGUCUUCAUUGGUCUCCUGGUGCUUCUCCUAAUCUUUGUGCUCUACCUGCGUCAGCGGAGAAACAGAGGCUUUGAACCUCUGAUAAAAGCAGACUUUACAAAUAGGAAGUACACAGAGGAAGCCUAGAUUUCAUCUGUUAUUCUGAAACACACUUACACAUAUCUAAUGGAGACAGAGCAGCCAAUCACCAAUGUUUUGUAACCUCUACUUUCAGGAAAGAGGAAAAUAUGAGUCCUUUAAACAAAUUACAUUUUUACUUUUUAGAUAUGAAAUUAACAUAUAAGAACAAUCAUGUAAUAUCCACUGAAAAAAAUUGUAGAAAAUUUAUGUACAUCCUUUAACUGGGUUGGUAACAUUCUUUUAGUGAGCUUACAAAAGCAAAACCCCCUUUCUAUAGCUGUCUUUUAUUAUUAUGUACCCUCUCAGUUUCUUUUACGAUCACCACAAAUACCAAUCAAAUGGGAAUGUUUUUUUUUUAAUAAAUAUUUAUUCUCAAGAACAGUAACAAAACACAAAUAAGGCAUAUUUGCUCAACUAGUUCUUCACCCCUCUUAGUUUGAAAUUAUAUUCAAACUCCAAAUAAACUUCACCUCAUUAGGAUUUGACGUCAUAUAGCAAUGCAUUGAUUGUAAAAAAUGUUGACUGCUAAUUGUAUUUUUCAGAUUAUUCGUCAGACCAGACAUCCAUUUUCAAUAUUUUUUUGCAAAAAUAUUACCAUUAAAAGUUCAAUGAUACAAAACAUAAAAAGGGCAUCCUGUAACAUCAAUAUUCAUAAUAAAGAAUGCAUUUAUGACAUUUUCUUUAUUUUUUUUUUUGUUCCUGCAAUGUGGCUGCAAACACUGAUGUAAAUGCAAUAAUGAAAAGCUUAACAAAUAUUCAUUGAUAUACUGCUGAGGGCAUAACACUGGCUAAUUCCUUGGAUAUGUAUGCUUAG